CUGUGGUUGCUGUGAAGUUCAAUGUGAAGCUUUUAUUUGUAAACAAAAUUUCGCUCUGGCUGGAAAGAAAUUUUUAUUAUUUUUCGAAUAAAUCAUUAAAAUCAGAUUAUUGAACAUAUUUUGUUAUAUUUAUGGACGCAGCAAGGGAAAAUAUCGCGAAGUAUGCCACCGGCAGCCAAGAAGACAACUACUGCCGAUUGUGUUUCGCCAAAGCAUUCAAACUACGGAACGUGUUCCCCUACGGAGAUGACCCAAACAAUGACCUGUACCGCAAAGUGCUAACACUGGCGCUGGUGAAUUUGGACCACAAACUGGAGCCGGAUUGUUGCAUUUGCUUCCGGUGCAUUACGCAGCUGGAGGACUUCAGCAAGUUUCAGCAGAACUGUGUGGAAUACAAUCGUCUGCUUUAUCGGGCUCGGGGCCAAGGGGAACCUGCUUCGGUGCCGGCGGUAGAGAGCGUCCCACAGUUGCAGUCGGUUAGCAGCAGCAAUUCGGUUCCAAGCUCCACGAGGACCCCGCGCGGAAAAGGCCGAAAGGAUGAGGAUCCAUUCGCAUCAUCUCAAGCUGCCGAUACAAGCAGCGGAGGAAGAGAAGCGAAGCGACGAGGUAAGGCCCCGAAACGGUAUUCUCCCACAGAGGCGAAAUCAAUCGGGCGGAAGCCCGGUCCGAAAGUGUCGAAGCGGUAUCAGCAACAGGAGUCUUCCUUCGAGGAAGACGCCAGCGAUUCGGCCGAUGAUUAUGUGCCUUUGGCUAAGCGAAAGCUAAAGGGGCUGAAGGGAAGAAAGCAGAAACGAGCGGUCACGGUUUCACCAGCAGCGCAGAAACCGAAGCGCUCUAGGCGGGCGAAGAACGUGAGCAUCGACGACUCGGACGCGGAAAUGGGCGAAUCAAAGCAAGCAAAGGUUUUGACAUCCAUAAACUUCGUCGUGUACAACGCUGGCCACGGAAGUAUCAACAUCAUGGCCGGUGGGUACCGUUAUUACAAGUACCGUUACUACAAAAGCGGCAAGGAUGACAUUCGCUACGGUUGGCAGUGCAUCGAAUCGGACUGCCCUUCGCAGAUGUACACGAGCAGCAUCAAUACAGGAACCAUCUACUGGAGGGAUCGAUACUUCGAGCACAAUCAUCCCUCGGAUAACGUCGAACAGCUGAUGGACGCUAAAGAGGAGCCCAUGACUGCGGAAGAGUGCGAAGAGGAGGCUUCCCAUCAGUACGAACUGAUUGCUAGCGGGCGUGGCCGGCAUACGUACAAACUGAUGAAGUUCUCCACGGGGCGGGAAAUCUUGAUGUACGGCGAACAUCGGCACCGGUUGUUGACUGAAAGGUCGGAUGGCAUCAAGAUUUUUGGAUGCACCACGACUUCUUGCCAGACCGUAAUCUACGUGGCCCCAGACAACGAAAUGCGUGUUUACUGUGGUGCGCUUACCAGCACCGAAGAGGCCGCCGAGCAGGCCUACCGGAAGACAUCUAAAAUUCUCCGCUACGAGGGCCACUACUUCAUCUACAGUGGCCGUAAGCUAGAGAACCGGAACUGCACGGCGUGGAACUGUGUUAUGCGCAAAUCGCUAGAGUGUCUGACCGUCAUCUACUGCACCAAAGAUGACACGGUCAUCACGUUGAGGAACCAAAUUAAGUAUUCCCAUAACCAUCCGGCCGAUGCCUUCAAGAUCGUUGAUGGGAUGCAUAUCGUUGACGUUAAAAAAGAAUCAUAUCCUCUCGAAUCGACCGACUAUCACAUCGCCAAGAACACCCAGAAAACCGAUUUCGUCAUCUUCGAAGGCAUGCGCUACUGCAUUGUGAACACCAAAGUAGACGGAACUAAAACCUGCCGAUGCUUGGAAACGGAAAACUGCGGAUGUUACAUCUACCUACUGCCCAACGGAACGGUCAUCAAGUAUAGCAACUGCAACGAGCACAGUCACCCGAUUGUCGAUCCGCCCAAGAGUAUAUACGAGUUCGACUACAUCAUCGAAACGUUGGACGUGUCACCGAUAAACAACGAAAACAACCUGCUCCGGCGGUGGUACAAAGACUACGAGUACACACAGAGUAACCAGAAGCAGGCAGGGUUCUUCUACUAUCGGUGCGUUGAGAGACUCUCGGGCUGCGGUGCAGCGUUCAUCACCAACGAAGAUUUUACCAACAUCCGGGAAACUAACGAGCACCACAAUCACCCGAGUCCGCAAACGGAGAAAGAGCAACGCAAGAUCAUGAUAACGGUCGAAGGCACCAAGGACUUUACCAUGACGGCGAACAGCGAAGGGCACAAGAUAUUGAAGUAUCAGGGUAAUCGGUACUGCCAUUUCUACAACCACAAGGACGGUUGGCGGGUGUGGCGGUGCUUUGGUGGACCACGCUGCAGGGCCACGGUGUUCCAGGAUCCCGCCAACGGCCGGAUCAACGAUGUGGAAAGGUUUGCUCACGCGCACCUCAAGGGGUGGCCGGUUAACUACAGUGAAAGUGAACCAGUAACGCGCAGCAAGGAGCCUGACGAGGGUUCGGACAGUCGCGAAAGUGCAGAUUGGUUUUGAAGACUGGCAGGUAAGUAGCUGGAGAAGGUGGAAGUGUUGAUUAGAUUAGAUAUGGAUUAUAAGAAAAAGUCAUUUUUUGAAUUGA